AUGAAUUUGCCAGGAUUGUCAGAAACGGGAACGGGAUCCUUCUUUAGCAAGUUGGAAACUCUUCGGAGUAAAAAUAAGAAAAAGUCUCGAAAGGAAGUAGAAGAUCUAACUGCUGAGGGUCGUAAGGCUAUGGAAUCAGCUCUCUGUUCUCUUGCUAUUGAAGAUCCUGAAAAUUACAUGCUAGAAGAAGGCCAGGAGCGCUCAAUUAUUGAACGGGCUUCGAUGGAAUCACCCGAAGUGAAAGAGUUAAUCGCUUCUCUCAUUUCUUGGAUUAAUGACGAGCUGGUUAAUUACCGUAUUCUUGUCAGAAAUAUUGCUGAUGACCUAUAUGAUGGCCAAAUUCUUCAAAACCUAGCUGAAAAGUUAGCAGGCAUCAAAUUGGAACAUCCGGAAGUUACCCAAUCUGAAUUCGGUCAGAUGCAGCGCUUAAAGGAGGUUGUUGCAACUAUCAAUCAGCUACUUGGAGUUCCUGAGAGUUGGGCUAAGGAACAAUGGUCGGCUGAGUUGAUUCACAACAAAGAUGUCAUCGCCGUUAUUCGGCUUGUUGUUGCAAUGGCCAAGCAUUUCAAAUCUGGGAUUCGACUUUCUGAUGGGGUUUAUCUUACCGUUAUUGUAGUCAGGAAAAUCAAUGGCAUUCUUGAGUAUAGAUACGAGAAGAAAUAUCUAACUGUGCCGACUCAACCUCUUUCAGAAUCGGAGACUACAUCUCAUCCAUUGGAUUAUAUACCCAAUAGGGAUCUCGUUCCAAAGCUCAUUACUUGUUUUGUCAAUGGAUAUCUACAGAAAAUAAAUUUUCCAGUCAAAGAUUUGAAAAAUGAUUUCUCUGACGGAGUUCGUCUUGUCUUGUUGAUGGGUCUCCUCGAGGGCUAUUUCGUUCCGCUUCACUGCUACCAUCUCAAUCCCACCACCGACGCCCAGAGAUUGGCCAAUGUGCGCCUGGCAUUCGAUUUAAUGCGGGCAGCAGAGUUGCCGGAGCCCUCGGAGAGACCGGAGGAUAUUAUGCUCGCAGCCGAUGGUGGUAAAUCCAUACUGCGUCUCCUCUACGGCCUCCUCACGCAUUACCACUAUGAGCACUUGGGCAAGGGGAAUAAUGCGCUUGCAGAUCUCCAGAGAAUUGCCCAAGACAAUGGCUCUUUGCCUCACUCCCAACAAGGCGAGUUUGGAACUGGGGCCAUGAAUCGCCAAUCGAAUGAAGAGAUCGGAGCUGCUUGA